UUUUACCCACCAAAAACAUUGCCGUUUGUCUACAUGCUCUGCGGAGUCGCAAGGAAGCAGUUCCUUAGACGAUGCUAAAGUUAACAGGUUAGGCAGCAUUUGAGCUAAUUAACGAAGCCCUGGGAGCAAUAAAGGAGGUAUUAAUUUUGCAUAAUUUUGUAGACAUUUCUGUCUUAUUCCCCUCCUUAUCCUUUGUUAACUGUUAACCCGCUGCUACCCUGGCUGCUCCACACAUUCUUCCCUAAGUUAGCUUGACUAGCCGGUCAGCAGCAACGUCACGUCGGAGAGGCGUAUGGUAAGCUUUGUGGGGAGAACAUCGGUCGUCUGCCGGCAGUGCAGAUGGCUCGUCUGGACAGGUCGAAUGGCAGCGGGACAAAAAGACCAAAACUGGACUGGAAGUUCGUUCAGAGGUUCUGCGGCAUCCAGAGGGUCCUGUUCCCGUCAUGGAGAAGCCAGAGUGUCCUGAUGUUUGGGACGCUGCUUGCCGUCACCCUGACAGAGCAGCUGAUCAUUUACCAAGUGGGUGUCCUCCCCAGUCACUUCUACAAUGUGCUGGCAGACAAAGAGUACUCGGGCUUCAGGAGCCUGGUGGGCAAAGCUGUGGUGCUCAUUUUGCUCAACUCCACACUGAAAAGUCUCGACCAGUACAUUUGCAAUCAGAUGUAUGUUAGCUGGAGGAAGACGCUAACUGAGAGCCUCCAUACGGCCUACUUCCAGGGCCGAGUCUAUUACACAAUCAAUGUACUCAGAGAGGACAUAGACAACCCGGACCAGCGGAUCAGUCAGGAUGCAGAGAGGUUGUGUAAGCAGAUGAGCACCAUGGCCAGUCGCUUGAUCGUUUCGCCGUUCACGCUAGCUUACUACACCUACCACUGCUUUCACAGCACUGGCUGGAUCGGUCCUUUGGGCAUCUUUGGCUACUUUGUGAUCGGGACCGUUGCCAAUAAAAUCCUCAUGGGGCCGAUUGUGUCGACUCUGUUUGAGCAAGAAAAACUGGAGGGAGACUUCAGAUUCAAGCACAUGCAAAUCCGUGUCAACGCAGAGUCUGCAGCUUUUUACAGAGCUGGUAAAGUGGAGCACAUGAGGACCAACCGAAGGCUGCAGCCUCUGUUACAAACUCAAAAGAGUCUAAUAAAUAAAGAACUCUGGCUCUAUAUCGGGGUGAACACCUUUGAUUACCUCGGAGGCUUCCUCAGCUACAUUAUAAUCGCCAUCCCCAUCUUCACCGGUAUCUAUGAUGGUCUCACUCCCGGCGAGCUUAGUGCACUCAUCAGUAAGAACGCCUUUGUGUGCAUCUACUUGAUAAAUGGCUUCACGCAGCUAAUAGACCUGUCAACCACUCUGUCAGAUGUGGCUGGAUACACCCACAGGAUUGGGGAGCUGAGGGAGGUGAUGGACGACAUCCUACGCAAGCAGUGCGACUAUGACCCGGCGUCAGGAGAAAGCUACGACUUUGACAGUGACUUCAAUAUCCAUGCAGGCCCAGUGGACACUGCCUUCAUCCUGGACCAUCUUUCAUACAAAUCUCCUUACUCAGACCAGCUGCUGGUGGAGGACCUGAGUCUGAAAAUCAGUCAGGGAACUCAUCUACUGGUGGUGGGGAACACGGGCACCGGCAAGACGUCACUGCUGAGGGUCCUCAACCGACUGUGGGAGGCGCACAGCGGUUUUGUCCAGAUGACGACAUGUUUUGGGCCCAGAGGAACCCUCUUCCUGCCGCAGAAGCCGUACCUGACCGAUGGCACACUGCGCGAACAGGUGAUCUACCCAUUGAAGGAUAUUUACCCUGCAUCAGGGUCAGUGGACGAUGAUAGAAUUAUACAAUUCCUGGAACUAGCUGGAGUGUCCAGUCUCUUGAAGCGAACGGGCGGGCUGGAUGAAAAGGUGGACUGGAACUGGUAUGAUGUUCUGUCCCCAGGUGAAAUGCAGCGUCUCUGCUUUGCACGACUUUUCUACCUGCAGCCCAAAUAUGCAGUAUUGGACGAGGCCACCAGUGCUUUGACAGAGGAGGCAGAGGCACAGCUGUACCGGACCUGUAAGCAGCUUGGCAUGACAGUGGUCAGUCUGGGACACCGUAGCAGCCUGGAGAAGUACCAUGACGUCCAGUUGAAACUGUGUGGAGGUGGCAAAUGGGUGCUAACUAAGUUAAGAGGAAGCAGCUGCCGCCUCAAUCACAGAGACGAAACCAUGUGACCACAGAGUGACCUUUCUGAAAU